AUGGUCCGGCGCGUGGACGCGGUGAAGACCAGGAACGAUGAAUCUGGAAAGUGGGUGAAUCAGUACCACUUGUUGCAGAAAGUCGGAGCCGGCACCUUUUGCAAGGUGCUGCUGGCCAAGAGCGACACGGGGAUCCAUGCAGUGAAACGCUUCGGGCGGACGGUGCUGAAGAAGCGCAUGGUGGCCAAGUUCGAUGCCAGCGGCGCCAGCACCGUGCCCUUUCAGCAGUGCAUUGAUGAAGAGAUCCGGAUUCUGGGGAGGAUGUCGCAUCCGCAUGUGGUGCAACUACAGGAGGUGCUUGACGACCCCCUGGAUGAGAACUUGUAUUUGAUCUUUGAAGGUUUGCCUGGAGGACAGUUGAUGAACUGGAAUGAGCAGAGCUGCAGCUAUUCAGCUGGGCCGGCAGUUGAAAGGUUGGGGAGUGCUGUCACUGACAGCCGGCCUUUUGCUGACGGCCCUGGCGAAGAGCGCAACAUUUUCGUCUUCAGCGAAGUGCUGGCGAAGCACUUCGCGCACCAACUGGCCGAUGGCAUUGCCUACAUUCACUCUCUAGGUGUGAUUCACAAAGACCUGAAGCCCGACAACCUGGUCCUGUCCCGGGAAGUGCCUGAAGAAUGGCUCUGCCAGUUGGACGUCUCCAGAUGGCCCAAGCUGCCAGUGCUGGAGAGGAGCAAAGAUCUGCCCAAGGUGGACUAUGGGGAGCUGGUGGUGAAGAUUGCGGAUUUCAAUUGCGCGGAAGAGUGUCCAGGGCCCAACUUUGAGAUUUUCGACGCUCAAGGCACUCAGAACUUUACCCCUCCCGAGUGCUUCAGAAAAGAAGAUGAUGGCGUCAUCAAGGGCAAACCGCGGGACAUGUGGUCGCUGGGCUGCGUCCUCUUCGUGCUGGUAUAUGGGCGUUGCCCCUUCUGGGCAGAAGACAAUCUCCUGUUGCAGCUGCAAAUCAUGCAAUGUACGCUGGAGAUGCCAACUGGUGGACCUGUGCUGUCCAAAGAAUGGACUGCGCUUCUGCAGUCCUUGCUUAGUAGGGACCCAUCAGCUCGACCGACAGCCGAAGCGCUGGUGCAGAGUGACUGGCUGAAGUGA